GUGGUGUGCUCUACGCUAACGCCGAACGCUACUAGGCUUUCAGAUCCAACGGUUACUGUCGCUUUAAUAUUCGUGCGUGGGGUUGAUCGAAAUAGACUGAACUCGCCUCAGGUUCGUUCCACCACGGCGCCGCCGCCGCCGAUGGCGCGCCGCCUCUUCUCCGCCACGAGAGCGCUACUCCGAGCCGUUCCAUCUCCGUCUCCUUCUUCUUCUGCGGCGGCGGCGGCCGCGGCGGCCUCGCUCCUGCCGCUGCUGCCCUGCAAGCGGCGGAGGAAGCUCCGGAAGAAGCUGAGCAGCCCGCGCGUCGCGCCGAUCGAGCCGGAGGCCGCGCGCCGCGUGCCGGAGCUCGACGCCGUCCUCGACCGCGAAGCCGCCUUCCGGUUCCUCGCCCGCGCGAGGUCGUUCCUGGCCUCCCUCCCGCCGCCGCACCGGAUCCCCCUCGCGGAGGCCGGGAAGCUGUACCGCGAGCUCGGGUUCCCCCGCGGCCGCAGCGUGUCCCGCGCCGCCGCGCGCCACCCGCUGCUCUUCCACCUCCCCAGGGUGGACUCCGUCCCGCACCUCGCGCUCACGCCGCUCAUGUGCUCGCUCCUGGAGGAGGAGCGCCGCCUGCACGACCAGCUCCUCCCGACGAGGGUGCGGGCCGUCCGGAAGCUCCUGAUGCUCGCCGACCACCGCCGCAUCCCGCUCGCGAAGCUCCACCACUGCCGCGCGGUGCUCGGCCUACCGGACGACUUCCGGGACCGCGUCCGCGAGUUCCCCGGCGACUUCCGCGUCGCCGUCGACCCCGACGGCCGCGACGUCCUCGAGCUGGCGCGGUGGGACCCGGCCCUCGCCGUGAGCGCGCUGGAGCGCGACUUCGUGGUGGACGAGCGCCGGGUCCGGCGCACGUUCCGCUUCGCCGUCCCGCACAGCCGGUCGAUGCCGCUGGACGCGGAGGACGCCGACCGCCUGGACGCGGCGACCACGUUCCCGCUGGUCUCGCCGUACACCAGCGGCGCGCUGCUGAGGCCGUGGACGCCGGAGGCGGAGAAGUACCGCGUCGGCGUGGUGCACGAGUUCCUCAGCCUGACGCUGGAGAAGCGCGCGCUGAUCCACCACAUCUUCGAGUUCAAGGAGGAGCUCGGCCUCACGCGGCACAUGCACGCGUCGCUGCGGAAGCAGAGCCGCGCCUUCUACCUCGCCGGCACGGAGAUGAACUGGGCCGUGUUCCUCAGGGACGCGUACGGCGGCGACGGCGAUCUCAGGGAGAAGGACCCCCUCGUGCUGUUCAACGAGAAGCUGCGGCGCUACGCGUGCAUGACCAAGAUGGAUUCCAGCGGUCUACUAAACUUCACCGUUACACUUCGGGCACUGUUUCUUUCUUCAGCAACAGACGCUUCCUGAUGCAGUUCGGGUGGAAAAUGUCCGCAGGGAAGUUUGGUGCAGUCUGGGUGGAAAAAAUGUCCGCAGGGAAGUUGUUUGAGUUCCUGCCCAACAACAAACACUCCACUGCUUCUUCGGUCGAGUUGUCCGGUGCAUACCAUGCAGUGUUGUAUUUUUUUUUAUGCCGUGUUGUAUUGUUUUUUUUUAACGAAUCGGUGUAAGGGUGUGCUCAUUUCAUUAAAUAUAGCAUGAGAAAAAAUGUACAAAGCUAUAAGAGAAAUAAAACUAAGGGAUGAUCUAAGCAAGUCUA